CCUACUACACUACUGUUCUAGAAUCUAAACUUCUUUAGCUAUAAUAACCCAGUGAAAUACUAGGCCUACUUUAGUUACAAACCUACUAGACUACUGAAAAGUGAAGCCAUUCUAGGUCUUACACUUUUCUGAGUUUGCUUUAAGAAAAUAUUAUUCCCUUGUUCAUUAAAUCCUAUAUCAAAUAGAACCACAUCUAAAAAAUUGGCUGCAAAAACUAUGGACUCAACACAUUUACCCACAGUUUUUCUACCAAGAAAGUACCCCCAAGCUGGCUUGGACAGGUUAAAGAAGUUUUGUCAAGUUGUUAUAUUUCCUGAAGAAAGACCCAUCACUCGGGAUGAAUUCCUAAAUUCCAUCCCUGGAACGUAUGCAUUAUUUGUGAAUCCUAUGGACCGUAUUGAUAAGGAAGCUCUUGAUAUUGCUGGUCCUACACUGAAAGUUGUGGGCACAUUCUCCUCUGGCCUUGAGCACAUUGACCUUGAGGAGUGUAGAAAACGGGGAAUUCAAGUUGGAUGUGUUCCAGAUACAUUAACCAAGGCUGUGGCGGAGAUGGCGGUUGGGCUUUUGUUGGCUGCUGGCAGAAGAUUCCAGGAGGGAAUUGAGAGUGUCCACAAUGGAGUGUGGGGAACCAAGUGGGAAAAUGCUCUAUGGCUGGCUGGCAAACAAGUCUCUGGUUCUGUCAUAGGCAUUGUGGGUCUGGGCAGGAUCGGUAUGGCUGCAGCUAAACGUCUAGCUGCCUUUGAGCCAGCCAGAAUUUUGUACUGUGGCAAUAGUGAUAAACCUGAAGCUAAAGCAGUGAAGGCUAAGUUUGUUAGUUUUCAUGAAUUACUGGAGACCUCAGAUUUUAUUCUUGUGACAUGCUCUCUAAAUGAGUCUAACAGAGGUAUGUUUGAUGCUGAUGCCUUUAAGAGAAUGAAAAAUGAUGCAGUGUUUGUUAACAUAACUCGUGGUGCUUUAGUAGACCAUGAUGCAUUAUACGAAGCCUUGUUGAACCACCAGAUUGGCGCUGCUGCCAUUGAUGUGACAACACCAGAGCCCCUUCCUACAAAUCAUAAACUGUUGACUCUGAAGAAUUUGUUAGUCACCCCCCACAUAGCUAGCGCGACUGUCGAAACUCGUAACGCAAUGUGUAACUUGACAGUGGACAAUAUACUUGCAGGACUGAGUGGUCAACCACUGCCCUCCCCAGCUUAUGUCUGAUGGGAACUAGCAUAUAGGUACUAGUCAUCAGUUAUGAUUGUUUUAAUAAAAUGCACUUGUUGAUUAUGCAAUUUCAUAAAAUGGCGUUAUGUUUAUAUUUAGCGUAUUUAAUCGGACUGACUAAUACAAAAACAAGAACUGAUGAAUUUAGCAAAUUCAUAUUUAACUUUCUGAUAUAGAGUUUAAAAUAUAAUAAAAUGAGGCACCGCUAAUUAUUUAUUACAAUGCAGUCAUGACUUAUGGGGGGACUAGCUCAAGGAGGAUUUUGUCUUUCAUGUUUUUCAAUUCAAAAGAUGUUAAAUAUCAUUUCUCAGCUUGUGAUUCUUAUAGUAUUCUUGUUAAAUAUAAUAAUCAUAUUUUGACUUUUGACAGAUAUUUGUCACAUUAACAUUCCUCAAAUUUCCUUUUAAUGUGUCACAAAUAUUAACCAUAAAUGUGGCUAAAUUAGUUUUCAAAAUAUAUCGACUUUGGUUCUCAGUAUGUUAAAAUAUUUUGAAUGGCAUUUUAAAUAGAACCACAAUGACCUCUGAUGGUGGAUAGCACACCAUAUUUAAAUUAAUUUUUAAUGUAAAUUUAUUUUUAUGUUCUAUUUUUUUGUACAGGGUAUGUCAUUAAAUUAACUAAUAAUUCUCUA